AUGCUCAACGUUUAUAUAAUUUUGAAUUGUUUUCUAACCGCUGCAGUUCACAAUAAAUGUUUUCGGUCUCGAAGCAACCUACUUGCUCUGACAACCGACCUGACAUCAAAUGGAAGUUGUUCCAACUGCAGUCUCUGCGGCGUGUCAGCGCAAUCUGCACCAACCUCUGUAGAGAACAUAACAUUGCAAAGCAGCACCAACGAUGCUACCAAGAUGUUGAUGGAGUGUGCUUGGAUGUGUCAAACUACUGCUCAAUGUGUUGGAUUCAACUUCAGAUGGAAUAAAAUAAACUUAGCUGAAAAUGAUUUUGUCAGUUCUUCUCCUACACUCCUCAACUCUAUCUCUCCGAGGAUCUCUGCGUCUUUUAUGGGGUGA